CGCGAAUAAAGUUUAAGUUGCCGUCUGUAAUUAAAAAAAAAUAGGAACAGCAAAAAGUGUAAAAUUCAGCAUUUAGAAAAUGUCUUUGUAAUCAAAUUCGAUACGGCGCCUCAGACGCACCAGCGGUGCAGCAGAUAUUGUGGAACGAUACGCCAGCGCCAUGCACAUAAUAGACGAAGACGCUACUAGACACCGAAAACGACCAAGUGCCAAAAGCAACGAACGGAGUUCGUGAACAUAGGCAAGAUUUAAGCUACGGAACGACUCCGACGGCAGCUACACUACCACUAGAGAGAGUCCAGCGCUAAGCAGCCCCUUCACUAGUCAGUCAGGCGGCAGUUGUUGCAUUUAAUUGAACUUGUUAAGCAAGCACUCGUAUUAGUAGCAGCCAUGGGCAAUAAAAAUUCGUGCUGUGCAUACACGAGUCCCCAGUCGGAUCGUAAGUCGAAGGACAUGCCGCCCGUGUUCGAGGAGCGGCAUCAACUACAUCAUCCGCCGCACACAUCUCAGCAUCAACUUGAUGGCCCUCAUCACCAUGGCUCCUCGGCAGCGGUGCAUCAUCACCAUCAUCAGCAGGGUAGCAACGAAAACUUUGAGAAUCAGCAGAACCUACAGCACAUCUCAGAGCGUGAGGCGCUUGAGGGUGAUGAGGAUCCUUCGGUGGACCCAACAGCAGCGACCAUGUUUCUUGAGCGCUCCAAAGUAGAGAACGGCGGCAUGACGCGCAAGCGUUCCCAACAUCAAAUCGCACAACAGGCCAGCAUUGGUGGAGGAGGCGGUGGCGGCGGCGGUGGUAAUACACCAGGCGGCACUAGCUGCGGUGGUGGCCUUAAGAAGAGUUCCAGUUGCUCCACGAUCUAUUUGGAUGACAGCACCGUAUCGCAACCCAAUCUCAAGAACACCGUGAAAUGCGUGUCGUUGGCCAUUUAUUAUCACAUUAAAAACCGCCAAUCAGAUCGGCGGCUGGACAUCUUCGAUGAGAAACUGCAUCCCUUGACGCACGAUCCAGUGCCCAACAACUAUGACACACACAAUCCAGAGCAUCGACAGAUAUAUAAAUUUGUGCGCACGCUCUUCAAUGCGGCACAACUGACAGCUGAGUGCGCGAUUAUAACGCUAGUCUAUCUGGAGCGUUUGCUUACCUAUGCUGAGCUGGACGUGGGGCCAUGCAACUGGAAGCGCAUGGUGUUAGGUGCCAUACUGCUAGCCUCCAAGGUGUGGGACGAUCAGGCAGUGUGGAAUGUCGACUACUGCCAGAUACUCAAGGACAUUACGGUGGAGGACAUGAAUGAGCUGGAGCGUCAGUUCCUGGAAUUGCUGCAGUUCAACAUUAAUGUACCCUCAUCCGUCUAUGCCAAAUACUAUUUUGAUUUGCGUACGCUUGCCGAGGCGAACGAACUCAACUUUCCCACAGAGCCGCUAUCCAAGGAGCGGGCCCAGAAGCUGGAGGCCAUGUCGCGCGUCAUGCAGGACAAGGUGACGGCCGAGGCACUUAAGAACGGCAUCAAGAAAUGGUCCUCCAUGGACAACAUCAGUCAGGGCGGUCCGCGGCGCAGCGUGGCCAUAUUAUCGUGAUUUAUAUUAGCCUAUUAAAACUAUAUUCUCUACUAUAACUGUAACUCUCUGUAGUAGUCGCCGCUGUUCCAGCGUCCAGUCCAAUUGAUCCAACCAACCGCAUUGGAUGCAUCGUCAGCGCUUUCAUUUAGCAUUUUGUAUUAUUUAGUUUCGAUUAAAUAAACUUUAUGACAAAGUUUCUAGUGAAUUGAGCGCACGAGACUCAAACAAACACAACUAACAAAAAUGAUAACAACAACGACCCAAGGCAGCACACACCACAUGGAAAUUUUAAACACUUGAAUACGUCUCGAAUUAAGGACCACUUUUUUAUUACUACAAACAAUGCAUAUAUAUAUAUACCAGGUAUUUGUAUAUAUGUAUAUGCUUAUGUACAUUCUUGUAAGCGAAACUACCGAUUGCAGUCAAGGAUUUGGAUUUUAAUAGCAUUACCCAUUAAACUAAAACUAUAUAGGAAUAUAUGUAUGUAUGAUGCAUAAAGCAGUACGUAACUAAUUGCCAAAAACAAAAAACGGAACUACAUAGAAGUAUCUGUGUAAAAAAAAAAACACUAAAAUGCUUUAGAAAUUGUAAUUAAUUUUAUUAAGUUUAACAAGUCCAGCAACGCCCGCGUCCAAAAUCAGAAAAACACAAUAAGAUAACUCAAUGGACUUUGAUUAUUUCGAUCUUUUUUUAAACGAGUUCUUUAGUUGUUUUAUAACCCGCUUCCGUAGCAUUAUGCAGCACAAAAAGGAGAGGGCGUGGCAGGCAAGUGGCACAUAAUAACAACAAGAACACAUAUUUGGAUUUUAGAAAACCAGCGCAAUAUUUAACCCAAGAUUUGUGAGUAAUUUAAUAUUUAAGAGAAUGCAACAAAAUCUAUGCAAAUGUAUUUUAUAAUUUAUUUUACGAUAACGAAAAAAAUAAAGCAAGUCGGAAACAAAUUCAAUUUCAA